AUGGCAUUCCCCACGGUAGGCCUUUGCAUUUCAGUUACUCCUUGCUCGGUUCACGUUCUGCAGACUCGUCUACUUUCAGUCAUUAUCCCCCAUGUUGAGAUCGUGAUGGCUAAACCUGUCCUACUGACUCCCGGCGCUGACCCGGGCACCGGCGCAGCGGUUGCGACCAAGUUCGCUGCGAAUACCUACCGUCUCGCCUCGGCCACCCGAAGCCUGCAACAUGAUCUGACUGAUAUAAAUCGCCUAGAGCUGUAUGCCGACCUGAGCAAGUCAGACACCGUAUCAGCCAUCUCCGGAAAGGUCAAAGAGCGACUCGAAGUGCCGAACAGUCGUGCUUAA